ACUAUUUUCAAUGAAUGAGUACGAUCUCAUUAAUUAAUUCAUUUUAAAGACUAAUUUAGGAAAAUAAGUGCUUUUGAACAUGAGAAUACGUUUUUACUGACUCCCGUCAAAGUGAAACAGCGCACUCCCGCUAGUCACUGAACAACGUCGCCGGCUGCGAUGGAAACCACCGUAAGAUUAUUCGGCUCCUCAAACCGCCCCCUCUCCGUAGCUCUCUUCCUCCGAACCCCUUCUCAUAGCCUUUCCCCCAAACAUAUUUCAACAAUUCCACAUCGUUUCCGUCCAAUUCCAACCUCCCGUCUGUCACUCUCCAUCUACAAUGGCAAACCCUGGAACGCAUUAUUUUCAAUUCCCACCUUCCCACACUCACCCCCAAUGGUUUCCCGUUCUUCUCUUCUGAAUCCCAUAAUUUCCUCUCCUAUUUUUGCGCGCAUCUUCUGGGGUCCCAGAGACAAGCUCUUCGAUUGGCAUUUUGCUCCGGACGGAGAAAAGGGGCGGGGAAUUCGAUGUCUGGGAAGUAAUGGGCCUGUGGUGACUGUGGUCUUACUGGGUUGGCUAGGAGCCAAGCCUAAGCACCUGAGAAGGUACAUUGAGCUGUAUAAGUCCAUGGGUAUUCAUUCUGUAACGUUUGUAGCUUCCGUGAGAGAUGUCCUUUCCUUCGAUUUAGCCGGGAAACUCGAGGAGAGGAUUUCAUCCAUGGCUAGUGAGCUGGCUUCGUGGCUGUCACAGUCAGAGAAGGACGGAAGGGAAAGGGUCUUGAUCUUCCAUACUUUCAGCAAUACCGGCUGGCUUGCAUAUGGUGCCAUUCUUGACAAUUGGAGGAAUCGAAAGGAUGUAUUGGACAAGAUCAAGGGAUGCGUUGUUGAUUCAGGAGGAGACCCACAUAUAGACCCCAAGGUUUGGGCAGCAGGCUUUACUGCAGCAUUGCUGAAGAAGCGCAGCUCUUUUGUAUUGCCCGGAGAGGUGGAACAUGGUUCCUCAAAAAUACAAGGAAAGAAGCCCUCUUUGAUGGAAACAUUGCUCUUUGACGGCUUUGAAAAACUUUUCUCAUUUAUUCUGAACUUGCCAAGUGAAAACAGAAGGUUGGCAAAGAUCAUAUCUACUCUUGUGAAUGAGCAGCCCCUCUGUCCUCAGCUCUAUGUUUACAGUACUGCAGACACGGUCAUUCCAUUUCAGUCUGUUGAAUUUUUUAUCGACGAGCAAAGAAAGAAUGGGAGGGACGUGUUGUCAUUCAACUUCGGUACAUCUCCUCAUGUAGACCAUUACCGAAAUUUCCCUUCUGCCUAUGCAUCCCUUCUGCAGAAUUUUGUCGAAAAAUGUUUGGUCAUGGUUAAGGAAACAUAUUGAUCCAUCCAUCAACUAUACUACAUAUUAACAUUGUCAAUUUGCCAUUGUUGUGUGGUAAGCUGAAUUAACUAUCGGAAUAUGUACCGAAAAUGUCAUUUAGCCUUGUGACUGAUUAUUAAUGUGUGUAUCAAAAGGAAAAUCAGAUCGCGACACUAAGUAUGAGCGAUUGGACAAAACAAAACUACGAAGUAUAAAAUCGGCCAAAAUAUAAUCUAUUGCCUUUA